UGGAAGCAUCAGGAAAAGCUGUUGGAACACAAGAGGAAGGAGCAGGGAAUUCUAACAAACAAAGAAGGAAACACAUUUGGUGAUCUGAGGAAGGGGGGAUGUUCAGACACAACACUGAGAGGGUAGCUGCUGAUGAUGACAAGGAAAGGACACAGAUCUGAGAUAUUGCAUGUGUUAUCCAGAACUGGAUCACUUUAAACCCUGUCUGGGCUCAGCUGCAAGGGACGUGGUGAGACGUGAAGCAUCCUGACAGAGUAGCCAACUUCUCAGCUGGGUUCCAAAGUUUGGAUGGACUUUACAAGGUCUCACUGGCAUCCAAAGCUCCUCACAUUGCUCCUGCUUGCUGCACUCACAGAUAUUUGCAUCGCCUAUUGUGGAAUUGACUGCAAAGCAUAUUGCUGCGAUGGGACCCCACCGUACUGCUGUUCCUAUUACGCUUACAUUGGAAAUGUUCUAUCAGGCACAGCGAUAGCUGGCAUUGUGUUUGGCAUUGUAUUUAUCAUGGGAGUGAUUGCAGGAAUUGCAAUAUGUAUCUGUAUGUGUAUGAAGAAUACCAGAGGUACUCGGGUGGGCGUUAUACGAACCACACACAUCAACACCAUCAGUUCUUAUCCAGUGUCUCCACCACCAUACACCUAUGAAUAUGAGAUGGAAUAUCCUCUGGACCUUCCCCCACCAUACACUCCAACUCAACACAUUCCUAUGCAAUAUCCAUCACCGCCUCCAUACCCCGGACCAUCAAGGAAAUGAGACUCAGUAUGCUCAUAUAAUAUGAGAUGGCAACAUGUUUUAGUGUUCUGCAUAGAUAGAUUAAUUAGCAAUAUAGGGAUCUGUCCAGUUGAGCAUAUAGUGAAAAAUGAUCACAGUCUUCUAUUCCGUGCAAUAUAAAAAGGAAAGCCAACUAAAGCCUUAUGUCCUGAAGUCCUUGAAUCAAGUGUUUUGGACCAAUAUAAAAUAACCGUGCAUCCAAGUUGAUUGAGACGUAGACCAAAUAUGCGCCACCCUAUGAGGAAGUAAUUUAUUUUUCUGUGCAACGUGUUGGUGAGCAAGAGAUAGUUUAAUAAAUAAGGAUAUGUUGAAAAAGUAAAUAAAAAUUGCCAAAUACUUUGUUACUUGAUGUGAAUUGUGUAAACUAUAUAUACAUUCAUGAUAAAAAAAUGUAUACAUUUUUA